GCUGCCUAAGGAGGGGGGAACCGGCGCCAUGAGGCAGAAGAAGAAAGGAGAUCUCAGCCGGGCAGAGCUGAUGAUGAUGACCAUAGCGGAUGUCAUCCAGCAGCUCGUCGAGGCCCACGAACAGGGCAAAGACGUGAACUUGAACAAGAUAAAAACGAAGACGUCCGCCAAGUACGGGCUUUCAGCGCAGCCCCGCCUGGUCGACAUCAUUGCUGCUGUGCCUCCGCAGUACCGCAGAGUGCUGGUUCCCAAACUGAAAGCGAAGCCCAUCCGGACGGCUAGCGGGAUUGCUGUAGUAGCUGUGAUGUGCAAACCACACAGGUGUCCACAUAUUAACUUCACAGGAAACAUAUGUGUGUACUGCCCUGGAGGUCCCGAUUCUGACUUUGAAUAUUCAACUCAGUCUUACACUGGAUACGAGCCGACUUCGAUGAGGGCCAUUCGCGCCCGGUACGACCCGUAUCUCCAGACCAGACACCGCGUUGAACAGCUGAAACAGCUCGGCCACAGCGUGGACAAAGUAGAGUUCAUUGUGAUGGGUGGAACGUUCAUGGCACUUCCCGAAGAGUACAGGGAUUACUUCAUCCGGAACCUGCACGACGCUUUGUCGGGUCACACGUCCAACAGCGUGGCCGAGGCUGUCAAAUACUCCGAACGGAGCCUUACGAAGUGCAUUGGGAUCACGAUAGAGACCAGGCCGGAUUAUUGCCUGAAACGGCACUUGAGCGACAUGCUCUCCUACGGGUGCACCAGGCUGGAGAUAGGCGUGCAGAGCGUCUACGAGGACGUGGCCAGAGAUACGAACAGGGGCCACACGGUGAAGGCCGUGUGUGAAUCAUUCCACUUAGCUAAAGAUGCCGGCUUCAAGGUGGUGGCGCACAUGAUGCCGGACCUGCCCAACAUGGGACUGGAGCGAGACAUUGACCAGUUUGUGGAGUUCUUCGAGAAUCCCGCCUUUCGCCCAGAUGGCAUGAAGCUCUACCCGACGCUCGUGAUCCGCGGCACCGGCCUCUAUGAGCUCUGGAAGACGGAGAGGUACAAGAGCUACCCUCCAAGCACCCUCGUGGAUUUGGUGGCACGCAUUCUGGCUCUGGUGCCGCCGUGGACCCGAGUGUACCGAGUGCAGAGGGACAUCCCGAUGCCUUUGGUCAGCUCUGGAGUGGAGCAUGGGAACUUGAGAGAACUUGCUCUGGCCAGGAUGAAAGACCUGGGGACAGAGUGCCGUGAUGUCAGAACAAGAGAAGUCGGAAUCCAGGAGAUCCAUCACAAAGUGAGGCCCUACCAGGUUGAACUGAUCCGGAGGGAUUACGUGGCCAACGGUGGUUGGGAGACCUUCCUCUCCUACGAGGAUCCUGAGCAAGACAUCCUGAUUGGGCUCCUGCGCCUGCGGAAGUGCUCGGAGGAGGCGUUCAGGGCGGAGCUGAAGGGAGGCGUCUCCAUCGUCCGUGAGCUCCACGUCUACGGGAGCGUCGUGCCCGUCAGCAGCCGGGACCCUUCCAAAUUCCAGCAUCAGGGUUUUGGAAUGCUGCUCAUGGAAGAGGCGGAGCGAAUAGCCAAACAAGAGCACGGCUCCUGGAAGAUUGCUGUGAUUUCAGGUGUGGGCACCAGGGAUUACUACAGGAAGAUUGGCUACGAGCUGGAAGGACCCUACAUGGUGAAAAGGCUGGAGUGACGGAUUCGCCCUGCCUCUGCGUGUCAAGGGCAGGGGAGAGAAGUCGGGACACGGCCCUGCCACAGCUGUGGCGAAAAAGAAGGGGCAGACCCACACUUAUCAAGAGCCAGGGCUCCUGUUCCCCACCGCCCUCAACUCAAGCCCCCAAAUCAUUGCUGGGGCUCCCCUAAUCGCCCACGCUCCUCGUUACCGUUUUCCAAACGGGCAUCAGCCUUCCGACCGCCUUUCAGUUGUGCUGGACUACAGCUCCCGUCAUGCCCAGCCAGUAGGGCCUUGUUGCGGGGGAUGAUGGGAGCUCUAGUCCAAUGCAUCUGGAUUGGUGCCAGAUUGGGGAACGGCUUCCUUUGCGUGUUGGGUCAAGGGAUGCUCACUUCGGGUCUCACUUCGGUUUUACUGUGUUUUGUAAGAGCCUGCAGUUCAGCUCCCGGUCUGAAUCUCGCCUCUUUCAUUACUCCCAUUGCACCUCUGUUUUGGACUGGGGUGGUGGUUCUCUAGCUGUAAUGAACAAGCAGUCACCCUUUAAUUUAAUUUAAUUUUCAUACAUAGCAGCUCCUUGCGUUAGCAAGGUCUUCAAGAGGACUAGAAACUUUAUACCCAGGUUUUUUAACAGCCUGUCUUGGGCUAGAAAGUAAUCCACGCACCCCAGUGGGGACCUAGUGGGCAAGACUUUCGCAUCGGACUGACAGUCAGGCAAGAGCGUCUUGCUCUGCCCGUUGUUCCAGUACCCCGCACCUUGGUCAUGAGAAAUCCUACCCCAGCUGCCUCCUCUCCCUGUGGGAAAGUCAGACCCUGAUUUGAAAGGACUGUGCUGGGUUUUAGCAGUAUGGCACCUUCAUUGAAACACUUCGAGGAACUGCAAUGGCACGUCUUGGCGACAUUCUCCUGCAGCCGGAGAGCGAUGGACGAGCCUUUCAUGUGGACCUGCUUUCAGAAUCCCACCCUGCACCCGUCCCCGUCGCUGAAAAGAGGCAAACGGGGUGCGGAAAGCACCUUCGCGCCACUUCCAUCAAAGAGGACUUUGCAUUUUAAAACAAAUGUUUUCCCAGAGUGCCUGCCAAGAGGGCUUUUGUUUUGUUUUGCUUGUUAUUUUUUUUUAGGGUGGUGUUAAAUCAAAAUGCAAUCCUCUCUCUUGGGUGAUUUACUGGGGCCUUUUCUGGCCAUCGUGCGCUCAAAGCAAUUCGGGGGGGGGUAAGGGCAAAGGCUGUUUUCGAUGUUGCAGGAAGACAAGUAACCAAGAAGAGGGGCUAUGGUGAGAUUUUUCAGUACAGACAUCACUUCUGCAAAGCUGCUUGUAGUUGGGUGAAAAGAGUCAAUAAAACAUGCUUUUUGCAGUCCA